AUACAUAAGCAUAAAGAUAGACAUGCACUUGUCAGUCAUCACGAUUGAAGAGGAUGGGGUUAGCUGAUAUUUACAUAAUCGUUAACUACCGUCAUUUACGCAAGCAAACGGAAAAACAAGAGGGUGAAUUUUCCCGCCGUCUCCUCAACAAUGCUUAUAGAAUCACAGAUUCUGGGAUUGACACAAUACCGAACAUUAUGGGCACUAACAAUAAAUAGUUGUUAAUUUUUAAAAAGCAAAUAUAAACACCGCACUUAAAGUUAGAAGUUUGCUAAAAGUAAAGAGAGAAAUUACGGGAGGGGGAGAGGGAAUAAGAGUCUUGCUGAAGGUAAAUUGGACGAUCAGAAUACAAACUAAGCUUUUUUUUUUCUUCUUUUUUUUUCUUUUUUUUCUUUGGAAAGUUGUUGCCGCUGUCGAUGUGGCUCUUGCCUUGCAGCUACCUAGCCCGCCCUCUCUGCCAGGCCUAAUUUUCGCACCUCGGACCGUUUGAUGUAGGCCACGCCACGACAGCCCCGUGACACCGCCCGCUCGCACUCAUUCUCAGGGAGCCACCGCCGGGCGUCCAUUCACUCCCUCAGCCAAUCUCACGCGAGGAAGCCAGGAGUCUGCUUGCUUUCAGUAGUCAGUCCCCACACACAAGGCAAGAAGCGAAGUGAAUCGGAAGCUUGGAGGAAUUCUUUGCUCCCGCCCGUGAGGUGGGUGUUUGUUUCUGGAGUUGAUAGUGUGGAGUCUGGUUUCACUGAUAUCGUCGUCGCUUGCUUUCUUGUCCUCGGCGUGCAAGCAUCAAACCUGUGCUCUUCUCCAAAAGGGGAGGGCUAAGUUUUGGAGAGGGGAAAGUCUCCAGUCGCUUCGACGAAAAGGUCUGGUGUUAGGGGGGGAAAAAAUUGGUUCUACCAUCAUUACUGUUGAGAAUCGGUGAAAGGGGGAAAAUCUGAUGUCACUGCCAGGUUUAGUUGACAGUCCACGUCACAGCGAUGAAAAAAGCGAUGGUAAAAUGAAAGUCAGACCCAAUGCGGUGAGCAUAACGGACACUUGAGUGCGCCGAGUGCUGCCGGGUGCUAGGAAUUCCACUUUCUUGAAAGCACGUGUGAUUUCCGGGGUUUUUUUUUUUAAGAAAAAAAGGAUAGACUAAGUGAGAGACAAAUUGAGGAAGGGACUGGAGAAAGCAAAAGUUUGCCAUGUGGGAUGUGUGAUUUUCAACACGGAGCUGAAUGACAGACAUGCCACGACCGACUUGCCGGUCAGAAAAAACAGACACAGAAUCGCCGAUUGCUUGCGAAAGGAUUUGCAGACAAGUUCUUGGAAUGAGAACGAAAGUGCCCGAGGUUUUGUUCUUACUGCUAACCCUGGCUACCAUGCAGACCAUGUGCCGCGGACACAACGCUAAAAUCCCCCUCGUCAGUGAUGAUCCUCCGGAAGUGGAGUACAAGGAGCCUGGUUGCUAUCUGGAUGGCAAGUACUACCGAUUCGAAGAGAAAUGGAGUCCUGUCUUGAUACCUCAUGGCAAGAUGAACUGUGUGAAAUGUGAAUGCCUGGUGGUAGACAAGAAAGGCAUCGUGCAACCUGAAGGAGAGGUGAUGUGCAAGAACAUCAAAGACCUGUGUCCCAAGCCGACUUGCCUGGAGCCUGUCCUCCUUCCAGACAGGUGCUGCAAAUCCUGCCCUGACACAGAAAAUGACUUUGAGACCAACUUCACAUUCCGACCCAAGGGGAAAGUCACAGGACUUUACAGCGAGGACCAGCAGCACUAUCAUAAGGUCAACGAAUUUCGAGCUCUGUUGACUGGCCGCAAUGUCAGGCGUCAUCCUGUCAGGACGUCAUCGGUUGCCAUUAUCUACAUGACAGUAGAGCGUGGAGAACUUCGGUAUGCCGUGAGAUAUUCCAAACUCGACGGCCCCAAGUUUCUACAAAUCACCGACGUCAAUGGAAAAGUGAUCUUCGAGAAACCAAUCGAGAAGCCCCGACAUCAGAAGGGCGGGAGGAAGUUGUGUGGCGUGUGGCAAAAGAUCCCAACGGUGUAUUUGCAGUACUUCCGGCAGGAGCGGCUUUUUGCCGUCAUUACGGCCUCCAAGUACCCGGAUGGACUGGUGGCUGGCCGCAUUGUCCCUAACGACAUGACUGCUACGGAAAUCUUCAGCUCUGUUCUCAGCUCGAAGACCUCGGAGGGUAUAGGUGGAAUGGCAUCAUUCGAGUUCGACCCCACGACUAACCUCCUGAAGUACGUCAUCCACGUCGACAGCCUUGUGAAUGCAGGUGAUGAAGGAGAUUACCAGGUGUUGAUUGCUAAGAGCUCAAGGGUCCUGCAUCAGCAGUCGCUAUCUGUUUCUCCUCUGACAACCAAGCUGGCUGGAACUUGGAAAAUGUCCAAGAAGAAAGAGCGGAAUCAGUUAGCACGGGGACGACUGCGAGUGCGUGUAGUCUCCCACAAUGGUGCCGCUAUCUCUGGAAUCGUACAGCCCCGGCUUACCUGUGAAGCUUUUCAAGCUGUUUUAUCUGGCUCAAACGCGUUGGAGACUCACAAUGCUGUAUCAGCAGGUUCAGCAAUUGUGGAUCUGACAGAGACGGGUGGUCUGGAGUUCAAGGUUCAUGUUGUUGGCCUCAAAAGCCGAGUGAGCAAGAUCCGUAUAGAGGGCGCUGUGGGGAAAGCGGAAGAAGAAUCUCAACGAGCGAAUCGUUGCCAAUCUUCACGGCAGCUUCUCCGCAGACAAUCAGUCCUUCGACGGUUGGACGAAUGGAACUUACAAGAAACUCGACGCCAAGGACAUCUACAACCUUCUGAACAACCGCUUGUACAUCAAUGUGGCAACACGGAGUCAUCGGGUCAGCGAACUGAGGGGUCGGUUGGUACCUGUCCCCUUCAGCAGCCAGCGUCCUGAACUAACUCCUCCGGCAGUGCUGCAGCCCGUGAGUGCGGAGGCAGGAGGAGGUGCGGCACACGCCUGGUUGUCGAUGGACGUCGGGUGCCUCCUGCGUUACGAGGCUGUGGUGGCCCGGGUGGGCACCAACAACGAGGUGGAG